UCUAAGCAUUCCCCAGAUUGUCUUGAUGACAAGAGUAGAUGAAGCAUGUCCUCUAGUGGAGGAAGAUCUUCAAAGCCUUUAUAUCAGUUCCUACAUCAAGACGAAGGUUCAGGAGGUGAGCUCUCGGUUGGGUGUGCCGGUGUCUUGUGUGUUACCGGUGAAGAACUACAGUCAGGAGCUGGAGCUGGAGCUCAACUGUGACGUCCUGCUUCUCCUCAACUGUACAGAUGACUAUCUGGAUUAUGUUUGUCCUGUCGAGAACCCCUUCCUAUAAAUCACUGCUGGUGGAGAGUUUUCUUUUGAGGCUGUUAACACUUAAGGUUUUUAAUUUACUAAGUGUUAAUAAAUUAUUCGGUUACUGUCUUUUUCCCAGAGGCAUGUAUGAUGCUCAGUUGUAGAAUUUUCCUUUGCUCCUGUUUAUUAUUGCACCUUUAAAUCCUUUGUGGUUCAGUGUCAACUUCAGUGUUGUAAAAAAAAAAAAAUCUCCAAGAUGAAUGCUUUUAUAGAGACAUUUUUAUAAUGUUAAUAUAACCUUUACAAAAACACACCAAAGCAAACAUCAGUGCUAAUAAACAUGAACAUGAACUUGAUAGUCUUGGGUCAAAGUCCACAAGAGAAGCAGAAGUGUUUCGAGGUUUCUUGCAAAGAGCGUGUGUUCUUCGAAACAUGCAAAAAGCCAAUGUUAGAAAAGUCAGCGCAGAUCCCAUCAUUUCAAAUUUAACUGAAGAGCAAAGAGAACAUCUUUGUGCCUCACUGGGGAAUGUGGAACUGACUCUUCUCUACAAAGCUUCUGUUCAUGGAUAUAAUGCUUCUGCCUUCCACCAGCGAUGUGACCGUCAGGGUCCAACAUUACUUGUGGCCUACAACCAUUCAGGCUACAUGUUUGGUGGAUACACUAGUGUAGAUUAUACUCAAAGUGGCAAGCAAAUUACAGAUGAGGAAGCUUUCCUGUUCAGCUUUCAAGGCAGAGCCUCUGUCUGCAUCAAAGUUAACAGUGGAUAUAGUGCCCGAUUUGAUGACGCUGGAGUACCAAACUUUGGUGAACAGUUGUACUUUUGCUACAACAAUCAACCAGCUGUGUAUUAUCGAGAAAGGAAUGAAUUCCUCGGUAUAAGCGGGAAAAGUAAGGCAUUUAAUGUUAAUAUAGCAACGCUAUAUGGGAAUGACACUCAGCUGGCUGAAUGUGAGGUGUACAAAGUGGAAGAGAACCCUCAGGUCAGUGUUGAGGAGAAACCAUGGAGAAAUGUUCUGUGGACAGCUAAACGAAGAGACGAGCUCAUGGGAUUGAUCAGGAAUCAUAAACCCCUGAUGACGUCUGUGAGUCGGGUCAGAAUCCUAAUGAUCGGUCCUGUAGGUGCUGGAAAAUCCAGUUUCUUCAACUCCAUCAACUCCAUCUUCACUGGUCAUGUGACCAGCAAAGCCAUGUCAGGAUCUGCAGGCACUAGUCUGACCGUACAGUUUCGCACAUACCCAGUGAAUGAUGGUCGUGAAGGAAAGCCACUGCCGUUUGUGUUGUGUGACACCAUGGGACUUGAGGAGCAAUCAGGUGCAGGACUGGAUAUUGAGGACAUCAACAGCAUUCUUCAAGGUCACGUACCAGACCGCUAUAAAUUCAACCCUAUGGCACCAUUUCAACCAGAUGAGCAAAAGGUCUCCAGACCUGCAUCUCUACAGGAGAAGAUCCACUGUGUGGUGUACGUGAUAGACGCCACCAAAAUCUCCCUCAUGUCCGACAAACUAGAGGAAAAACUUGCUGCCAUACGCAGAAAAGUGAACUCAUUGGGCAUUGCUCAGAUCGUCUUGAUGACAAAAGUAGAUGAAGCAUGUCCUCUAGUGGAGGAACAUCUUCAAAGCCUUUAUGUCAGUUCCUACAUCAAGACGAAGGUUCAGGAGGUGAGCUCUCGGUUGGGUGUGCCGGUGUCUUGUGUGUUACCGGUGAAGAACUACAGUCAGGAGCUGGAGCUGGAGCUCAACUGUGACGUCCUGCUUCUCACCGCUCUACAGCAGAUGCUUCGUUUUGCAGAUGACUAUUUUGAUGAUAUACGUCCUGUAGAGGGCAACCCUAUAUAAAGUUUUUUUUCUUUGCUGAGUUCUUGUGGCUAAGGCCAGAUUCAAUAUAAAGGCCACAUCAAAAGCUCUGCAAAUCAUUUACAUAGCUUACAGAAAGUUAAUCACAAUGUCAUUUGCUUUCAUGCAGAAACAUUCAGUACUUUUAUACUUGUGGUCUUGAAUUUCAUUAAACUACAAAAAUAUGUCAUUUACAUCAUUUACUCACCCUCAAGUUGUUCCAAACCUAUAUGAAUUUAUGUCUUCUACUGAACACAAAAGAAGAUAUUUUGAAGAAUGUUGGUAACCAAACAGUUGAUAGGCCUCACUGACUUUUAGUAUUUUUUCCACCAUAUGCUUAAAGGUGCCCUAGAACGUUCUUUCACAAGAUGUAAUAUAAGUCUAA